CAAAAGAUGGUUAUUCGAGCGGUGCUAUAGGAAGGGCCAAAUCAUCAGAAUAUCAUUUAUUACUGACAAACAUACAUGAUCUGUGUCAGAACAUUCCCGAAUACUUGUCUAAAGUAUUAAACAAUAAUUCUGUCAAGAAAAAGAUUUAUAGGAUUGAAGAAAAGGUAGAUGAGAUGAUUGAAAUUCUUGAACGUCAGGAGAAGUUUAUACAUAAAAUUAAAAACAAUCGAAUCAAAAUUGCAAAUAAGCAAAUUAAGUUGGAAAAAAAUCAAAUUAGAAUAGAGU